CGACGUGACUGCAGAAUUUAAAUUUGUGGUAAAGAAUCUCUUAAGUGUUACCAUGAACGCCAUUGUGGCACUCUGCCAUUUCUGUGAGCUCCAUGGACCCCGAACUUUGUUCUGCACAGAAGCUCUGCAUUCCCCGCACCCCCAAGGGGCUAGUUGUGGAGACGGCAUUGGCCAGGGAGAGCAAGCAGAGGAUGAGGAGGUGGGAAUUCAGAUGAGCAGCAGGAUCCGAUGUCACAGUCCCGCAGAAGGGGCGAGUGCAGACUCCAACAGCCCCAGGCCUAAAAAGUCUGAUAUGUGUGAGGGUUGCCGUUCCUUAGCUGCGGGACAUCCUGGGUACAUCAGUCAUGAUAAGGAGACGUCCAUUAAAUAUGUCAGCCACCAGCACCCUAACCACCCACAGCUGUUCAGCAUUGUGCGCCAGGCCUGUGUGCGCAGCCUGAGUUGUGAGGUAUGUCCUGGUAGAGAAGGUCCCAUAUUCUUUGGAGAUGAGCAACACGGCUUUGUCUUUAGUCACACGUUCUUCAUUAAAGACAGCCUGGCUCGGGGUUUCCAGAGGUGGUACAGCAUCAUUGUCAUUAUGAUGGACAGAAUCUACCUGAUCAACUCCUGGCCCUUCCUGCUGGCUAAAAUCAGAGGUGUCAUUGAUGAACUGCAGGGGAAAGCAAUAAAAGUGUUUGAAGCAGAGCAGUUUGGCUGUCCUCAGCGCCCCCUGCGGAUCAACACAGCUUUCACACCCUUCUUGCACCAGCGCAAUGGAAAUGCAGCCCGCUCUCUGACCUCUCUCACCAGUGAUGAUAACCUCUGGGCCUGCCUGCACACCUCUUUUGCAUGGCUCCUGAAGGCUUGUGGAUGUCGCCUUACGGAGAAGCUGUUAGAAGGAGCUCCCACAGAGGAUACUCUAGUGCAGAUGGAGAAGCAGGCAGAUUUAGAGGAAGAGUGUGCAGCUAGGGAGGGAGCUGAUGGGGAAGAAGGGAGACUUCAUCCACAACCUGAACUUAUGGAAGGCAGAGAGCUUUCCAAAUGUCCCACGGAAUCGUCCGUGUUGUCGGACUGCAGCUGGAAUAUGGUACAGAUGCGGAUGGGUGUCUUUAGAUCUCUCAGACACAUGAGGCAGGUCCUGGGUGCUCCUGCUUUCCGCAUGCUGGCCUGGCAUGUCCUUAUGGGGAAUCAAGUCAUCUGGAAAGGGCAAGACCAAGAGUUAAUCCAGUCUGCAUUUGAUGUCUUGCAGGCCAUGCUUCCUGUUGGCUGUGUUCGGAUCAUUCCAUACAGUGUGAAAUAUGAGGAUGCAUAUCGCUGCAACUUCUUAGGGCUCAGCCCUCAUGCAGAGAUCCCCCUUCAUGUCCAGUCAUCUGAAUUUGCUGUCAUGGUCGAUGUCCGCCAUGCGAAUCGAUCCAACCUCUACCCUGCCCUCUUUGUGGAUGACGAGCCCCUGAGCAAAUAUGAAUUUUUGGUGGCAAGCGGUAGCCCUGUGGCCACUGACAAGGUUGGACUCAUCAUUCUUAACAAGAUAGAAGCUGCUCUGAGCAAUGAGAAUCUGUCGAUGGAUGUGGUAGAUCAGUGUCUAAUCUGCCUGAAGGAGGAGUGGAUGAAUAAAGUGAAAGUACUCUUCAAGUUCACCAAAGUUGACAGCCGACCCAAGGAGGAUACACAGAAACUUCUCGUUAUCCUUGGGGCUUCAGAAGAGGACAAUAUAAAACUGCUGAAAUUCUGGAUGACCGGUCUCAGCAAGACCUACAAAUCUCACCUCAUGUCCAGUGUGCGCAGCCCCACUGCCUCUGAAUGUCGCAACUGAGAUGCAUAAUCCCGACCAGGAGCCCUGGAAAGGGAACAGUGAUAUUAUAAACAACAUAUAUUAUUUAUUGACCCUCUCUAAAUCUGUAUCCCAUAAUACAAACUGAGCACUGUACUCCCCUAGCCGGCGCGGAUGCCUGGCCUAUCCCUGCUUCAGCAGACUCAGACUCGAACAGUUUUGUAUCUAAUUCAAUUCUUGACUUGUUUGAACUGAAUUACGGGAACCCUGAUGAUGUCAAGUCCAGACGUAAUCUACCUUGGAAGCAGCAGACUAUACAAGGAUAUGCAUCUGUAUAACAAUUAAAAGAACAUAUCCGAGGAAAUGAUGCCAUAUAAAUAACAAUUUUAUUAAACAGUAAUUCCUACAGGCAUUUCAAUAUGUUUCAUCUAUAAAUAACAGCUGCCUUCCUUACUUAUAUUGAUGGUGGAUAGAAUGGGGCAUAACGAUACAUUGCCUUUCUCCUUGAGCCCUUGUCUGCAGCAGUAGAUCUACAAGCAAGCUCACGUAGGUCGGGGGGGGUUGUUGUUGACUAUUUCUUUAGUACGUACAUAUAUACAUAAUUUUACUUCUGAGCAAUGUUCAUGUCUACUUUUUUUAAUCACAUAAAAGUUCAUGAAUCAG